AUGGCUGUUUCACCCUCAAGUCCUUCUAGCUUGGAUUUGACCAUAUCUAUGCCUGGCUUCUCUUCUUCUCCUUCUUUUCCUCCAUCCGUGAAAGAUUUGGACAUAAACCAAUUACCAUCAGGAACAGCAGAAGAAGAAUGGAUCACUGCAGGCAUGGAAGAUGAAGAGGAAAGCACAAACGGAGGCCCACCUCGCAAAAAACUCCGUCUCUCAAAAGAACAGUCUCGCCUUCUCGAAGAAAGUUUCAGGCAACACCACACCUUAAACCCUAGACAGAAAGAAGCAUUAGCUUUGCAGUUGAAGCUGAGGCCUAGACAAGUGGAGGUGUGGUUUCAAAACCGUAGGGCCAGGAGCAAGCUUAAGCAGACAGAGAUGGAGUGCGAGUACUUGAAGAGAUGGUUUGGUUCAUUGACAGAGCAAAACAGGAGGCUGCAAAGAGAAGUGGAGGAGCUUAGGGCAUUAAAGGUGGGUCCACCAACCGUGAUGUCUCCUCACAGUUGUGAACCUCUCCCAGCAUCUACACUUACCAUGUGCCCGCGUUGUGAGCGAGUGUCAACCUCCUGCUUGGAGAAGGGCUCCACCAAAACCACCACCACUGCUGUGGCCAACCCAACAACAGCCGCCACCUUGUCCUCUAAAGUUGGGACACCUGCACUCCAUACUCGGCAAUCUUCUGCGGCUUGUUAG